AAGAUGAUGAAGAUGAAGAUGAUGUAUGCGUGGCUGCUGGUGUGUGCGGUGUGCGGGGUUUGUGCGGGGGACGGCGGGAUGGAGGAGCUGACCACGGAGAAGGAGGCGGAGGAGAGCCACCGGCAGGACAGCGUCAACCUGCUGACCUUCAUCCUGCUGCUCACCCUCACCAUCCUCACCAUCUGGCUCUUCAAGCACCGCAGGGUGCGCUUUCUGCACGAAACAGGGCUGGCGAUGAUUUACGGUUUGCUGGUCGGUGUGAUUCUGCGGUACGGCAUCCCGGCCACCAGCUACCACAACAAGACGCCGCCGAGCUGCUCUCUGAAGGAAGGACCCGUCAGCACCGUGCUGCUCAACGUCAGUGGGAAGUUCUUUGAGUACACGCUGAAAGGGGAGAUCAACUCCAGAGAGAUCCACAACGUGGAGCAGAACGACAUGCUGCGGAAGGUGACCUUUGACCCUGAAGUGUUCUUCAACAUUCUGCUGCCUCCGAUUAUUUUCCACGCCGGCUACAGUCUGAAGAAGAGACACUUCUUCAGGAAUCUGGGCUCCAUCAUAACUUAUGCGUUUAUUGGCACGGCCACCUCUUGUUUUGUUAUCGGGAACCUGAUGUACGGUGUGGUCAAACUGAUGCAGGCAGUCGGACAGCUGACCGAUAAGUUCUACUACACCGACUGUCUCUUCUUUGGAGCCAUCAUCUCGGCCACAGACCCGGUGACGGUGUUGGCCAUCUUUAACGAGCUGCACGCUGACGGAGACCUCUACGCUCUGCUGUUUGGAGAGAGUGUGAUGAACGACGCGGUGGCCAUCGUUCUCUCCUCGUCCAUCGUGGCGUACCAGCCCAGCGGAGCGAACACACACAUGUUUGAUGCCGCGGCCUUCUUUAAGUCGGUGGGGGUUUUUCUGGGUAUUUUCAGCGGCUCCUUCCUGAUGGGAGCCGCCACAGGAGUCGUCACCGCUCUCGUCACCAAGUUCACCAAGCUGCACUGCUUCCCUCUGCUGGAGACGGCGCUCUUCUUCCUCAUGUCCUGGAGCACCUUCCUGCUGGCCGAAGCCUGCGGGUUCACAGGCGUCGUGGCCGUGCUGUUCUGUGGCAUCACGCAGGCUCACUACACCUACAACAACCUCUCUGCAGAGUCCACCCAACGCACCAAGCAGCUGUUCGAGGUCCUUCACUUCCUGGCGGAGAACUUCAUCUUCUCCUACAUGGGUUUGGCUCUCUUCACAUUCCAGAACCACAUCUUCAGCCCCAUUUUCAUCGUCGGAGCUUUUAUGGCCAUCUUCAUCGGGAGAGCGUUGAACAUUUACCCGCUGUCCUUCCUUCUCAACCUCGGCAGGAGGCACAAGAUCAAAGGAAACUUCCAGCACAUGAUGAUGUUUGCAGGUCUGCGUGGAGCGAUGGCGUUCGCUCUGGCCAUCAGAGACACGGCCACGUACGCCCGCCAGAUGAUGUUCACCACCACGCUGCUCAUCGUCUUCUUCACAGUCUGGGUGUUCGGAGGCGGGACGACGCCCAUGUUGUCAUGGCUACACAUCAGGGUUGGUGUGGAUCCGGAUCAAGACCAGCAGCAAUGUGGAGACAGCUUCCAGGUCCUACAGGGGGAGGGCUCUCAGGCUGAAGGUCAGAGUAAAACCAAACAGGAGAGCGCCUGGCUCUUCAGACUCUGGUACACCUUCGAUCACAACUACCUGAAGCCCAUCCUGACCCACAGCGGACCGCCGCUCACCACCACGCUGCCGGCCUACUGCGGCCCGCUGGCCAGCUGUCUGACCAGCCGGCAGGCCUACGAGGACCAGCUGAGGGACAUCGACGCAGACCUCCGCAACGACGCCGACCUCACCUUCACGUUCGGUGACACCUCCAUCACGGCUAACGCGUCCGGCGGCGGUGACGCGGCCGGAGGUUCGGGUUGGAGCGCCAACGGCAAGAGGAGCGGCAGCACCUCAGAGGAGGCGCUGGAGCGAGAGCUGGACUCCCGCGAGCAGGAGCUGCUGAGCCGGGGGACACGACUGGUUUUCCCCAUCGAGGACCACAUCUGA